AUGCGCAGGUCGUGGGGCGGCGCCGUGGCCCUCGGCGGCCGCCGUAGCGAUGGCGCUGGCGGCGGCGCGGGCCGCUGUGGCGGGAGCGCGGCGCUGCUCUGCGCCGGGCCGCCCGCCCGGGCCGCCCCCUCCGUGCUCAGCAGCAUCACGCCUCUGCUUCCAAGCAUAUUCCAGCAGCCGGCGAGGACGCUCACGUACUGUAGCCUACGGAAGGGGAAGAGGAAGACGGUGAAGGCCGUGAUCCAUAGGUUUCUCCGACUGCACAAUGGUCUGUGGGUGAGGAGACGGGCUGGGUACAAGAAGAAACUGUGGAAAAAAUCAGCUGCCCAGAAAAAGCGCCUGAGAGAGCUGGCGCUGUGCAACAGGACGCAGUGCAAGCUCCUGGAUAAAAUGACCACCUCUUUUUGGAAGAGAAGAAACUGGUACGUUGAUGAUCCCUAUCAGAAGUACCACGACCGCACAAACCUGCGUGUGUAGAAAUGUUCUGCACCCCGCUAGGAAACAGGUGACGUUUCAUGGAGCACGGUUUCUUUUAUCCGUUUCCAAAUUGAAAUCUGUUCUGCCUGCUGAUGUUCAGAAUAAAAGUUGUCUGUGUCAUAUGGACAAAAGGAUGAGGCUCAUUGAGCAAAAUAAAGGGAU